AACAUAAAUACUCUACGCCUAUAUAGUCUGACUGUACCGUACUGUACUUUUAUUAGAACAUCUAAAAGUUUUGAAUAAACUUUUAUAUUUGUUUAAAUAUAUAAAAUACGUUUGAAGAAAACUUUAAUAUAUUUUAAAAGUUAUACAUUUUUAACAAUGCCUAUUUUUAGUGGACGUUGUUACAGUAACGUUAAACUAGCCGGAAAAACAGCCGUAGUUACAGGUUGUAAUACUGGUAUUGGAAAAGAAACUGUACUGGAUUUUUAUAAAAGAGGUGCUAGAGUUAUUAUGGCAUGUAGGAGUCAGGAAAAAGCAGAAGCCACGAAGGUUGAAAUUGAACAAAAAUGUAAGGAUUUGUCUGAAAAGGGUGAUUUAAUAAUAGAAAAAUGUGACUUGUCAUCCCUGAAUUCAGUUAGACAAUUUUCAAAGAAAAUUUUGGACAGCGAGGCACAGAUAAACAUUCUGGUGAAUAAUGCAGGAGUUAUGAUGUGCCCAAAGGGCUACACAGAAGACGGGUUUGAAACACAAUUUGGUACCAAUCACUUGGCACAUUUUUUGCUAACAAUGUUGCUUAUACCGCGUAUAAAAAAUAGCACACCAGCAAGAAUUGUAACUGUUUCUUCCAAAGCUCAUACUAGAUAUGGAAUUAAUUUUGAUGAUUUGAACUAUGAAAAAAGACAAUACAGUGCAGCAGAGGCAUAUUCACAAAGCAAACUUGCAAAUGUAUUGUUUUCUAGAGAACUAGCAGCUAAAUUAAAGGAGAAUAAUAUAAUGGGAAUAAACACAUACAGCCUACAUCCUGGAGUAAUAAGAACAGAACUAGGUCGUCAUUUAGAUGAGGUUUUGUUCAAGGGAUCAAGAAGAAUGAUAGGCUUUGUAUUAUAUCCUUUCAUGAAGACUCCGGAGCAAGGUGCCCAGACAACUAUUUAUUGCUCUGUAGAUGAAAAAUGUGCUAAUGAAACUGGUUUAUACUACAGUGAUUGUGAAGUCACAAAUCCAGACAGAAAAGCACUCAAUGAUGAACAUGCCAAAAUGUUGUGGGAGAAGUCUAUGGAACUUGUUAAGUUAAAUGAUUACAACCCUUUUACAGCAAGUGACCCUGGAAUAACCAGAAAAUAAUUAUUUUAUUAUGUACUAGAAACAUAUAACAUUAUUCUUUUACAUAAUCCAAAAAUCAUAAGAAGCAACAAUGCAUUUAUACUAAUU